AUGAAAAAUUUUUUUCAUAUAACCUCUAAGCAGCUAUCAUUAGACUCCCCCCGACUGGCCCUGCCCGUUGGGCCCCUGGAAAAUCUUCUUCCACACAUCCGCCAUCAUCCGCCCCCAGCUGCGCCGCCCAGCCGUCCCCUCGACUGGCCAGCAGGUCCCCACUGUCCUCAGUGCCGUGGCCGCUUCUUCCGCCGCGCUCCGCUACCGCGCCCCACGGAGCACGGCUGGCGACAGCUGGUGGCGCCCACGGGCCUGCGGCGAGAGCUGGCGGCAGGCCUGCGAGCAUGUGUGGAGCUGCCACCUGAUGAGGUGGAAGCUUUGCUGUCCAACUACGCAGACGACGAUUUUUUGUCGGGAGAGCAAAUGUAUGAGAUCCUCAAGUCGGUGACCGACCAGCGACCGGAGACGGCAGGUCGCUGCCCCUGUGGUCGCAUGCACGUGCGGCGCGGCGACCGCGUGAAGCGCGGCAAGGGCCAGGCGGAGGACGGGCGACGGAUGGCGCGGCAGCUGGGCAGCAUCGUGCGCUUGUUGGAAGGCGACUUGGCCCAAGGAAGAGAGCGACGCCAGAGGUUCAUCAGUACAGUUGGCCUGGUCCAGAAAGCGAUGUUUUGCAAUCCGGCCUUCCGGCUCUUUUUGUUGGCACAAGAGGCCCCGUUCUGGGAGCUCGCUGCUGAUGUGCAGAAGUUGCAAGAGCUGACUUUGGACCCUCUCCUUGGCACUGGACUGAGCAGCGCAGCAGCCGAGGAGCUCCUUCUGCGAGUGCAUCCGCCCGAGAAGCGUGCAGAGGUUCCACCGGAGGACUUGGCGAAGUGUGGUCGUCAGCUGGGAGAGGAGAUGGAUGGAGAUGGGGGCCCUGUCAAUGUAAACGCCCGGGCUGCUGCGGUGGUGUCCAGUGGUCUUCCCGUGCCGAGAAACAUUUGGGCCGGGAAGGUUCUGGUGGAGACGUCUGGCAUUUGCGAGUGCAAGAUUUGGUAUCCACGCUUGGCAGUAGUGCCAGUCUAUGACCCUGACCUGGAGGAGGAGCCACAGUUCAAUGUUAAUGAUCAUGUGGAAUGCAAGAUGCAGAGCGGCUGGGAACCCGGCGUAGUGAAGGAGGUCCUGUGGUUGAAGGGGCAACGCUGUGGGCCUGUGCCCUACACCGCCCGGGACACCCGGGCCAAACGAACAGGUGAGUCAACAAACGAACAACAGGUGAUGGCAGAAGCACUGCCUGGCAGAAGCUUGUUGGAGUCUGGGGAUUGUUCUUAA